UGGUCGUACUCCGUCGCAUCCGUGUCACGUCUCCGACCAGCCAAAUCUUCUCCGAUCCGAGCAGCAGCUUGAGAGUUGACCUGCCACCAUUCCCAAUCGCAUAAACCUCCGCGAUGCCGUCCGCACCAGCACCGCCGCCAGUCCUCCACCCGCGCUUCCCUGCCUCCUCCUUCUCCUGCCCCCGGCGGACGCACCCUUCCCCCCGAACCCGCCCGCGCAGGCUCUCCGCGGCCCGCGAGAUGCCGUGGCCGCACGUGCUGACGGUGGCCGGCUCCGACUCCGGGGGCGGCGCCGGCAUCCAGGCCGACAUCAAGGCCUGCGCCGCCCUGGGGGCGUACUGCUCCUCCGUCAUCACCGCCGUCACCGCCCAGAACACCGCCGGCGUCCAGGGGGUCCAUCUUGUGCCGGAGGAGUUCAUCCGGCAGCAGCUCAACUCGGUUCUCUCCGACAUGUCGGUGGAUGUGGUGAAGACAGGGAUGCUUCCUUCAGCUGGAAUAGUUCAAAUUCUGUGUGAGAGUCUCAGGAAGUUUCCAGUCAAAGCUUUAGUGGUGGAUCCAGUUAUGGUGUCAACAAGUGGUGAUGCUCUUUCAGAUCCAUCUACUCUCACUAACUAUAGGGAUGAACUAUUUUCUAUGGCUGAUAUAGUGACCCCAAACGUGAAAGAAGCUUCAAAAUUACUUGGGGGCAUACCAUUGUUAACUGUUUCCGACAUGCGUGAUGCAGCAGCAUCCAUUCACAAAUUUGGUCCAAGAUAUGUACUUGUGAAAGGAGGGGAUAUGCCAGAUUCAUCAGAAGCUAUUGAUAUAUUUUUCGACGGUAAGGAGUUCGUUGAGCUUCAUGGCCAUCGUAUAAAGACCCGUAACACACAUGGAACCGGUUGCACUUUAGCUUCAUCUAUAGCGGCAGAGUUAGCAAAAGGUUCGACAAUGCUUCAUGCUGUGCGGGUAGCAAAAAACUUUGUGGAGUCGGCUCUUCAUCACAGUAAAGACCUUGUUAUUGGAAAUGGACCUCAAGGCCCUUUCGACCACCUUUUUAGGCUCAAGUGUCCUCCAUACAACAUUGGCUCACAGCAAAUGUUCAACCCAGACAGCCUCUUCCUGUAUGCAGUGACAGAUUCUAGGAUGAACAAAAGGUGGGAUCGUUCAAUUGAAGAUGCCGUGAAAGCUGCCAUUGAAGGAGGUGCUACCAUUGUCCAAUUGAGAGAAAAAGAUGCCGAAUCACGAGAGUUCUUGGAGGCUGCCAAUGCUUGUGUGGAGAUCUGCAAGUCCAGGGGAGUGCCCCUGCUGAUCAAUGACCGGGUAGACAUUGCCCUGGCAUGCAAUGCAGAUGGCGUCCAUGUUGGUCAAUCAGACAUUUCAGCACGGGAGGUGCGGGAGCUCCUGGGACCAGGAAAAAUCAUCGGCGUCUCCUGCAAGACUCCUGCUCAAGCCGAGCAGGCCUGGAACGACGGGGCGGACUACAUCGGCUGCGGUGGUGUCUUCCCGACCACCACAAAGGCGAACAACCCCACCUUGGGAUUUGAAGGGCUGAAGGCGGUCUGCUUGGCUUCAAAGUUGCCUGUGGUGGCCAUUGGUGGCAUCAACGCGACAAAUGCAGGUUCUGUGAUGGAGCUUGGCCUCCUGAAUCUCAAAGGCGUCGCCGUGGUCUCUGCGCUGUUCGACCGUGAAUGUGUCAUGACAGAAACAAGAGGUCUCAGAUCUAUCUUGACGGAUGCAUUUGCUUGUUUUAGAUCCUAGAGCUUGCUUUCUUUUCUCUCCGCGAACAAGAAACAAAAUAAAGAGGGUCUCCCUGAUUCAAUAAUUUGGUUGCAGCCCAGACGAGCUGGGUCGUAACAAUUCAUCAAAAUUCAGAACCCAGUGUUUGGUGCAAGGGAGCCUUUUUUUCGUG